GCACAUUUUCUUUAUAAUGUUGUUCUUCAGUCAUCAGAACUGAGUGGUAAACAAGGCGACGACCUGGCGAGCUGAUCUUUAUUUUAGUCGGUGUAUGGCAGACAUGUUGAUCGAGGACAUAGGCACCGUUGUGAAUAAUUGUGAGGAGGAAGGAGGAGAAGCAGCGGGGUACAGCUCAGACCUGGUCAUGGAGGAUGAGAAGGACGAGGAGGCGGAAAUGGUGGCGGACGAGGUACCCUCCACCUCCAUCAUCGUCACCAACCUCCUCGCUCCUACUUUUGAUGACCCACAUGAACGAGAUAUUUUUGAGUCGCUGUUUCAUGACAUUGAUGAGACUGUAACAUUUCAAUACUUCAAGAGCUUCAGAAGAGUUCGUGUAAACUUUGCUUCACAUGCGCAGGCUACCCAAGCUCGUGAUAAACUUCACAUGACUGAGUUUAGUGGUGAAAUCAUUAAGUGCUACUUCACACAGCCAAUAAUUCUUGGAAGUAAUCGAGAAGGAGGACCUCAUCUGCAGCCCCCAAAGCGUGAAAAACAGUUCCUGAUCUCUCCUCCAGCAUCCCCACCAGUGGGGUGGGAACCCAUUGAGGAGGCUGAACCUCUCAUCAAUUAUGAUCUCAUUUCAGCAGUGGUGAACCUUGUACCAGGGGAGGCCCAUGAACUGCAUCCAGCAAUGGAAGAUAAACCUGGAAUUAUUGUCCAUGUUUGUGAGGACAGUCAAUCCACUGAUGAGGAGCAGGGGGGAGCAAAAAGACGUAUUGUUUCACAGACUCGUCGACCUACUUAAUGUGCCUCAAACAAAUAGUGAUUCUCGUGAAUUGUAGGUACAUUUGGAUUCCAUUUUAUCAAUUUUGGAUCCAUAAAACUAUGAAAUUCGGUGGGGUACCUCCUUGCAUCCAUAGGGGAUGUCUGUAGAAUAUCAAAUUCUUUUAGGGCUGUAAAAGGUGGAGUGUCAUCUAUGGCUGUUAAGUGGCUGUUACUUUUCAGUUAUUACAUGCUUUAAAUACAUUGACCCCUUGACUCUCAUAUGUUGGCUAUCUUGUGGUUCAUUUUGUACUUAUUCCAUUCCUAUGGCUGUUGGGGUUAUCAAUGUCAUGAAUUUUUGAGAGCUUCUUGCUGCAUAUAUAAACUGCCAAGCUUUAUUAAAAAUAUUUUCCCACUGAACAAACAGUAUUUGUGUAGGUAUUAGUUGACACAGUAGUGUACGCUUAUCAUUCAUUAUUUUAAGUGUUGAGGAUUUUGAUGCACUGUGUUGAAAAAUGUUUUACCAUAUUAAUCUGAUAUUUCCUGAGUGGUCUAACAAUGUCAGCAGUAGGAAGACAGUCUCCAUUCUUCAUUAUGUGAAAAAGUUUUGCACAUUUUUGUAAUAAUGAUAAUAAUAAUUACAUAAAGAAAAUUUAAUAAUGGAAUACAACUUUGCACUGUCAUUCUAGACAUUGGAAUUUGGAGGCUCCUUGAAUUUCUGGAACAUACACACAAAAAAAAACUGUCUUAAAGAAAAAAAAUGUCAAAUAAAAAUGGGUACUUGUGAAUGCUUGUAAUGUAACCUGUAUACUAAUGCUGUCUUGUACUGACAUCAGUGUGUUGCUGCUGUUGCUGCUGCUUCAUGUGAUUAUGCCUCUGUUUUAUCAACAUGUCUAUUAAUAUAUCGAUGUUCAAUAUCUGUUGCCUAGUUACACCAUUGUAUGAUAUUUUCUCUGGGAAAGUUUAUGGAGUAUUCACAGUUCCAUUAUGAUGAUAAUAUCACUUACAUCACAUAAAUACAGCAUUUAGGCUAAAAGAAUUGCAGUCUUGAAGGGGACUACUUUUCUGCAGUGUUUCCUGUCCACAUUCACAAUGUUUAAACCACUUGUUGGUUAACUUUGUGCAGUCUAGGUCUUGUUUUUCUUAUAAAGAUCUGGCAACAUUUUUGGCCCUUCAACACUUGCAGAUUAGCACUUGCUACUUGUGCUUUGUAUUUGUUUAGUUCACAGUAGUUAAUUUUCCUUUUUUUUUUUUACCCCAGCCACUUAUUUCAUUGGCUACAAACAAUAAGUCUUCAAUAAGUCUCUGAAACAGUUGUUCUUCUCAUCUUUGUGUAUUCAUUAGGAGUUAAGUUAUAUUAUUUCAGUAAACAAGAAAAUUUGUUUAAAAAUAUUUUCUUGCAGUAACAUUAUUAUUUUUUUCCAUCUAGUUUUAUCUGAUGAAUCCAGUGGCGUUUCUUAAACCUGUGCAACCCGCUAUGACCAUAGGCAAUGUAUUCUAAUUGUUUAGUUUAUGAAAAAUAACUGGCCUUUAAAAUUCUUCCAUAAAGAGGAAUGCCUUCAUUGUGCUGCUGAAAAAAUUAUAUGUAGGAAACGUUGUUUACAUCUUAACUGAAAUACUCUAGAAAUUUGACAUUUUGGGACUUUGUCAUAAUUAUUUUUCCAAUGUGUACUCCAUGAACUACGAUACGCUUGCUCCACACUCCAGUUUCUAAAGUACUGAGUUGUAUAUGGCCCAUAUGGGUUUAGUGCUUGUUUUCUCAUGAUGAUAAUGUACCAGUAAUUGUACCUUCAUUUCAAUUAUUAGUGACUUUUUCUUGCAUUUAUGGAAAAAAUACACAGUAAAAACAAAAUUGGUACUCUUCAUUGUAAAGAGUGAGUGAACACAGCCUGGAUGAGGGGCAGCGUUACGAGUGGUUGAUCACAGUGGCUAGUGAAAACACUUGUGGCACACACCACUUCUUCGUGUCCCAACAGAGUUGUGGGGAAACUGCCAGGGCUGUGAUUUAGUGGUUGAACCUAGUCAUUGGAGAAACUCUUAAAUGGUACAGGACUUAAUACCCUUAUAACCAAAUUGAAGAAGAAAUAAAUUAUUGAUUUUAAAGUGUAUGGAAUGACUGUGCCUGACUGUAGUCAUAAUAUUAGUUUCUAAAUUAAGUGUAUUUAAAUUCAAUUGAAGCCACAUUCAGAUAUAUAUAUAUAUAUAUAUAUAUAUAGUGCAAUAUAUUUUACCUAAUUUAAUUAUAUUUUCUUUACUGUGAAAUGCAAGCAUGAGUGUAAACAAGUAUAGUGUAUAUCAUGUGCUAGUUAUAAGAUAAAGCUGUAAAUAGAAAUUAAUAUAUUUUUUUUCAAUGCACCAGCCGCAUCCCACCAAGGCAGGGUGAACUAACGAGAGAAACGAAAGUUUUUCCUUUUAAAUUUAGUAAUUAAGUAAUAUAUAUUUGUCUAAAGUUUUAUCAUAUUCUGAGAACACAGUGACCAGAACUGUGAAAAAGUGUGAAUCCUGACAUCAUAUUUGUUUCAUAGCAUCUCAGAUUAAAAUGGUUUCCAUGAUUGGUAAUAUACAUGAGCCUUUUAAUUUUGCACAGCUACAGCUAUAGUUAAAAAAAAAUAAGCCUUAAACCCCCUCCCCAUCUUCCCCAGUUGCCUAGUCAUUGCGUGAUGAAAGUGAAAAAAAAUUUAGUGGUCAGAUUGCUAUAGAUUUUUAUUGCAUCCUUUCAUAACUAAUGCAAAUAAAUGCCUUCAGAAGUUGAAAAUUUGAAAUUCCUUCCAUUCCUGGAGCACUGUAUGACCCCCUUCAGUUUUAGCAUUUCCCCAUGACACUGACAAUAUCCUAAAAAAAAAGGCUUAUUUAUGACUUGUGUAUCUCUCUUGGAAUGUGAAAAUUGAAUCCUGUUUGCUGGUUUAUUUAUUAGAAAAAAUGUAUAUUGUAAAAAUUUAAGAGAAUGUUAUUGAAUAAAAUACAAAAUGGACAAAGAAAAAGUAUUUUGAAUUAAAUAUUUUAAUAGUAAA